GGCAAUGAGUUCUUUCCCUGUAAGUUGGGCACAAAAAGAUCGGCAUGGGAGCAGCCUCCUUUGAGACAGCUGCUCUGAGAGGACGCAAUAAGCAGGGAGCAGCCAGAAAUUCCUCCUAGCAGAGGGUGACUUGUGGGAGGAGUUCAGUUUGCCAAGUAUUGUCGUUUGUUGAGAGAAGGUGUGUGCUCAAGGAGGAGUUUUAACCUGGAGGAUCAUUAACUCUUUUAGUCGGCUGAGGAGGUGCGGUGGCUCAGUGGCUCGGCGAGUUGGAGUUCGUCCUGAAGCAUCUGCCCGGCAAGGUCAGGAAGGAGGUGUGGAAUCACUUUUUCAUGGGACACUUUGAGAAGGGCCAGCACGCUCUGCUCAAUGAAGGAGAAGAGAAUGAGAUGGAGAUAUUUGGCUAUCGGACUCAAGGCUGCCGGAAAAGUCUCUGCCUUGCCGGAUCCAUCUUCUCAUUUGGAAUCCUCCCCUUGGUGUUUUACUGGAGACCAGCGUGGCAUGUAUGGGCACAUUGUGUCCCAUGUUCCUUGCAAGAAGCAGACACUGUGUUGCUGAGGACAACAGAUGAAUUCCAAAUUUACUCUUGGAAAAAGGUAAUAUGGAUCUACCUGUCAGCAUUAAACAGCGCAUUUGGUCUCACUCCUGACCACCCUGUCAUUACAGAUGAGGAGGAUAUCAUAAACAGAGCCAUAAGAAAGCCAGACCUAAAGGUGAGAUGCAUAAAAGUGCAGAAAAUAAGAUAUGUUUGGAACUACUUAGAAGGACAGUUCCAGAAAAUUGGCUCUUUGGAAGACUGGCUCAGUUCUGCCAAGAUACAUCAAAAAUUUGGAUCAGGCUUGACAAGAGAAGAACAAGAGAUUAGGAGGUUAAUAUGUGGGCCUAAUACUAUCGAUGUUGAAGUUACACCAAUUUGGAAACUGCUCAUCAAGGAGGUUCUAAAUCCAUUUUAUAUAUUUCAACUCUUCAGUGUCUGUUUGUGGUUUAGUGAAGACUAUAAGGAAUAUGCUUUCGCCAUCAUAAUCAUGUCCAUAAUUUCCAUAUCUUUGACCGUAUAUGAUCUCAGAGAGCAAUCUGUAAAACUCCACCAUCUAGUCGAGUCACAUAAUAGCAUUACAGUCUCUGUGUGUGGGAGAAAAGCUGGAGUUCAAGAGCUGGAAUCACACGUCCUGGUGCCUGGAGAUUUAUUAAUUUUGACAGGGAACAAAGUGCUAAUGCCAUGUGAUGCCGUUCUGAUUGAAGGCAGCUGUGUGGUGGAUGAAGGCAUGCUGACAGGAGAAAGUAUCCCAGUCACCAAAACUCCGUUACCCAAGAUGGAGAGCUCUGUGCCCUGGAAAACACAGAGUGAAGCGGAUUACAAACGGCAUGUCCUCUUCUGUGGAACAGAGGUUAUCCAGGCCAAGGCAGCUUGCUCUGGGACCGUGAGAGCAGUGGUACUGCAGACCGGAUUCAACACUGCAAAGGGAGACCUUGUGAGAUCCAUUCUCUACCCCAAGCCAAUGAAUUUCAAGUUGUACAGGGAUGCCAUCAGGUUCCUCCUGUGCCUUGUAGGAACAGCCACUGUUGGGAUGAUCUAUACUCUGUGUGUCUAUGUGCUCAGUGGGGAACCUCCAGAGGAGGUGAUGAGAAAAGCCCUUGACGUCAUCACAAUUGCGGUUCCUCCUGCUCUGCCUGCUGCUCUGACCACAGGCAUUAUCUAUGCCCAGAGGAGGCUGAAGAAGAGCGGCAUCUUCUGCAUCAGCCCCCAGAGGAUCAAUGUGUGUGGACAGUUAAACCUGGUCUGCUUUGACAAGACAGGCACCUUAACAAGGGAUGGCUUGGACCUCUGGGGAGUCGUGUCCUGUGAUAGGAAUGGCUUUCAGGAAGUUCACAGCUUUGCCUCAGGCCAGGCUUUGCCAUGGAGCCCACUGUGUGCGGCGAUGGCCAGCUGCCACUCUCUGAUCCUUCUUGAUGGGACCAUCCAGGGAGACCCUCUGGACCUCAAAAUGUUUGAAGCCACCACCUGGGAAAUGGCUUUUUCUGGGGACGAUUUCCACAUCAAGGGAGUGCCGGCACAUGCCAUGGUGGUUAAGCCCUGCAGAACAGCCAGCCAGGUCCCAGUGGAAGGAAUCGCAAUCCUGCAUCAGUUCCCAUUCUCAUCAGCUCUGCAAAGAAUGACAGUCAUUGUCCAAGAGAUGGGAGGUGACCGACUGGCAUUCAUGAAAGGUGCACCAGAGAGGGUGGCCAGCUUUUGCCAACCUGAGACAGUACCCACUAGUUUUGUUAGUGAGCUUCAGAUUUACACGACACAGGGCUUUCGAGUCAUAGCACUGGCCUACAAGAAGCUGGAAAAUGACCACCACACCACCGCCUUGACGAGGGAGACGGUCGAAUCAGACCUGAUAUUUCUGGGGCUGCUGAUCUUGGAGAAUCGAUUGAAGGAAGAGACAAAACCUGUCUUGGAAGAGCUCAUCUCAGCCCAGAUAAGGACUGUAAUGAUCACAGGUGACAAUCUUCAGACUGCAAUAACAGUGGCCAGAAAAUCUGGAAUGGUUUCUGAAAACCAGAAAGUCAUUCUCAUUGAGGCAAAUGAAACCAACGGGUCCUCAUCAGCAUCUAUAUCUUGGACAUUAGUAGAAGAGAAGAAACACAUUACGUAUGGGAAUCAGGACAAUUACAUUAACAUCAGGGAUGAAGUCUCUGAUAAUGGCAGAGAAGGAAGUUACCAUUUUGCCCUGACUGGAAAAUCCUUUCAUGUUAUAAGUCAACAUUUUAGCAGCCUACUGCCAAAGAUACUGAUCAAUGGGACCAUCUUUGCAAGAAUGUCUCCCGGGCAGAAGUCCAGUCUGGUGGAAGAAUUUCAGAAACUGGAUUACUUUGUAGGUAUGUGUGGUGACGGAGCCAAUGACUGUGGGGCUCUGAAAAUGGCUCAUGUGGGCAUCUCUUUAUCAGAGCAGGAGGCAUCUGUGGCCUCACCUUUCACUUCCAAAACUCCAAACAUUGAGUGCGUACCUCACCUUAUCAAGGAAGGACGUGCAGCUCUCGUUACCUCCUUUUGCAUGUUUAAGUACAUGGCUCUGUACAGCAUGAUUCAGUAUGUUGGUGUUCUGCUGCUCUACUGGGAGACAAACAGCCUUUCAAAUUACCAGUUUCUGUUCCAGGAUCUGGCCAUUACAACUCUUAUUGGUGUAACAAUGAAUCUGAAUGGUGCCUACCCCAAGCUGGUGCCUUUCAGACCUGCAGGACGGCUGAUCUCUCCACCUCUGCUACUCUCUGUGAUUUUCAACAUUCUUCUCAGCCUGGCCAUGCAUAUUGCGGGAUUCAUCCUGGUUCAGAGGCAGCCUUGGUAUUCCGUGGAGAUACACAGUGCCUGUACAGUGCAAAAUGAAAGCAUCUCAGACUUAACCAUGUCUCCAGCUGCUCCAGAAAAAAUGGAAAGUAAUAGUGCCUUCACAAGUUUUGAGAACACUACGAUCUGGUUCUUGGGAACAAUCAACUGUAUCAUUGUGGCUCUUGUGUUCUCUAAAGGAAAACCAUUUAGACAGCCAACCUAUACAAACUAUGUAUUUGUCCUUGUGCUGAUAAUACAGCUUGGUGUAUGUCUAUUCAUUCUAUUUGCUGAUAUACCAGAAUUAUAUAGACGUUUGGAUCUGCUCUGCACGCCCGUCCUGUGGAGGGUCUCCAUUGUCAUCAUGCUCAGCUUGAAUUUCAUUGUGUCCCUUGUGGCCGAGGAGGCCGUUAUUGAAAAUCGAGCCCUGUGGAUGAUGAUUAAAAGAUGUUUUGGCUAUCAGUCAAAAAGCCAGUAUCGGAUAUGGCAGAGGGAUUUGGCAGGUGACCCUAGUUGGCCCCCACUAAACCAAACCUCCCACUCUGACAUGCCGGAGUGUGGCAGGGGCGUGUCUUACAGCAAUCCGGUAUUUGAGAGCAACGAAGAACAACUUUGAAGGACAUGUGAUGUCCAAGGUGAUAUUACAGAGAAACAAUGACAAAAGGGACCAGUUUCAUUGAUUUUAAGAAAUGAGACUCUUGUAACAUCAGCUGGAGUUUCGGAGAUACCUGUCAAAUCAUGGUGACAAACUAAAGUCUGUUUGAUAAAAUGCUUUCUACAGAGAAGAACAUUGACCCAGAAGAGUGCUUUCCUCUUGGCUUGUGAAGGUAUCGGAGGCGUUCAGUGAAGGCAAGAAUGGGCCAAGAAUUGCUAUGGGCCAAGAGACAAGCAGGCUGAAGGGGAAAAAUAUGUGAUCUUUCUUCUUAGGACAGGACAAUACUUUCCUUUUUAUAAAAAUGAAUUAAGGGGAAGUAGUACUGUGUAUACUCAUGGAGUUGUAACAUGUUAAAGAGCAUUUUUGAAUUUUUACUUCAUCGAUGGAAAAACUAAUGCAUGGAAAAUGUUACACCAGUCUUUACUGUCUGGGUUCCUUUCCUCUGUAGUGCUUUUCAGAUUUGAGGCUUUUUCUUCUGCUUCUGGCCUUACUCUACAUGUUAUUAAGGAUAAGCUCAGCCUAUGCUGCAAUAAAAAACACCUCU